AUGUUUUACCUGGUUGGCCUCGGACUUGGUGAUGCUAAGGAUAUCACAGUUAAAGGUUUAGAAGUAGUUAAACAUGCUAAACGUGUUUACUUGGAAGCUUACACGUCUAUCCUGACUGUCGGGAAAGACCAACUGGAAAACUUCUAUGGUCGAGAAAUAAUCCUUGCUGACAGAGAAAUGGUGGAGCAAUGUUCAGAAACAUUAUUACAAGAUGCUGUCACUGAGGAUGUGGCUUUUCUUGUUGUUGGAGAUCCUUUUGGAGCCACAACUCACACAGAUCUUGUGCUAAGGGCCAAGCAAGAAGGUAUACCUGUUUCUGUUGUCCAUAAUGCAUCUAUCAUGAAUGCUGUUGGCUGCUGUGGUUUGCAGCUCUACAACUUUGGUGAGACAGUUUCAAUUUGUUUUUGGACAGAAACAUGGCAGCCAGAUAGUUUUUAUGACAAAAUUGCAGUGAAUCUGGAAAGAGGCAUGCAUACUUUAUGCUUAUUAGAUAUAAAAGUUAAAGAACAAAGCAUUGAAAAUUUGAUGCGUGGUCGAAAAAUUUAUGAACCUCCAAGAUUUAUGACUGUUGCCCAGGCUGCUGAACAACUUGUUACCAUAAUCCAAAGAAAGAAAGAAAAAGGCAAAGAAACUGUGUCAACGCACAGCCUGUUCAUCUAUUUUGUUUGUGGAAUAAUGUUUUCUUACACACAUAUACGUGUGCACACAUGUUCACAGUAG